AUGGCAGACCAGACGCCACGAAGCAGUCAUGAUUACAAUUCCUUCUCUCAGAGCCAGUACCUCGCCAUGUCGCCUUAUUCUGACGGGCCCGGUCUCAGCUACCCAGACAGCGAUGGUCAAGUUGGGCAUCAGUUUAUCAACAGUUUCGCAGGCGACUCACCAAGCUACACACCAGUUCAGGCAACGUCAGCAACUCUUCGCUUUUUGCCUCCCACCUCUGUACCACAAGUCUCGGUCUGGAGAAAUGGCACAAUUCGUCGACGUCGACUACUCCCUCGUCCACGAGCACUCCCCUCAAUGGAUGGCACAGAGUGUCAGAUUUCCCUCAAAGAAGAUACAGUGCUCUCGAAACCUGCUCUACCACCGUUUGAGAGCGAUCGUCGCCUCGAUGAGUUCCAACAACUCGCUCGUCCACGAGACUCCCCUACAAUGGAGGGCACAGAGUGCCAGGAUUCUCCCAAUGAAGACACAAUGCUCUCGGAACCCGUUCUACCACCGUUGGAGGGCUAUCCGGAUGUCCACGAGUUCGAUGAGAUGCUGAAGCGCUUUCUCCAGGGUCUCUCGCCCGCAAGGCAGGAAAAGACCAUCUUUCCCGCGCGACAGGCGGCGGAAAUCAAACGCAUUCUCAUCGACGAGGCAGCGGAGAUAGGGUCGGUCUCCUACAGGAAUUGGGUCAGGAAGGCGUUUACAUUGGAACAUGAUGACAGCGAAGUCUCAGAGCAUCUAAGAAAGAUUUGCAGUAACGGAAAACCCGUGGUGGUGCAAGAAAAGUUAUUCAAGAUUCUGACCAAAGCACACAAACAGUGCCAGCACGGCGGAAAGGUUAGAACCUUUGCUGAGGUCAAAAAAGUGUACUCGCGGGUUCCCGAAGUACUGGUCGACAGAUUCAUCAAGAUGUGUCCGACGUGCUACAUACGCGAAGAGAUCCAUAUCCCGUCUCCUGAUCCAGUAAAAGUUCCUGAGACGAAUACGGAAGCACAUGUGCCACAGGCGAUAUCGGCGGAGAUACAUGCGUGCAUGUCCCUAUCCCGUCUCCUGAAUCCCUGA